AUGAUUUUUCUUUGCAAGGUGAUACAAUAUCUAUCUAUCUAUCUAAUUCUGUUCAAUAUCUAUCUAUCUAUCUAUCUGCGUCUGUUCAUUAUCUAUCUAUCUAUCUAUCUAUCAAUUUGUACCUAUCUAUUCUGUUCCUAUCUAUCUAUCUCAAUAUGUUCAUAUCUAUCUAUCUAUCUAUCUAUCUAUCUAUCUCAGUCUUUCCAUAUCUAUCUAUAUCGGUCUGCCCAUAUCUAUCUAUCCCAGUCUGUCCAUAUCUAUCUAUCUAUCUAUCUCAGUCUGUUCAGUAUCUAUCUAUCUCAUUCUUUUCAGAAUCUAUCUACCUAUCUCAUUCUUUGCAGUAUCUAUCUAUCUAUCUCAUUCUUUUCAGAAUCUAUCUACCUAUCUCAUUCUUUUCGGUAUCUACCUACCUAUCUAUCUCAUCUGCUUCUAUCUGUCUAUCUAUCUGAGUUUGUUCAUAUCUAUUUAUUUAUCUAUCUGAAGAUGUUUAUCUUUCUCAGUCUGUUUAUAUCUAUCUCAGUUUAUAUCUAUCUAUGUUCAUUAUCUAUCUAUCUAUCUAUCUAUCUAUCUAUCUAUCUAUCUAUCUAUCUAUCUAUCUAUCUCAGUCUAUUUAUCUAUCUGAAGAUGAUUAUCCAUCCAUCUCAGUUUAUAUCUAUCUAUGUCUGCUCAUUAUCUAUCUAUCUAUCUAUCUAUCUAUCUAUCUAUCUGAGUCUGUUCACUAUCUCUCUAUCUGAGUCUGCUCAUCUAUCUAUCUGA